GUGUGUGUGUGUUUACACAGACGGGAAUACUGCGCCAGAGGAAGUGCGCCGGUUCUCCGUCUGCGCGUCCCGACUUCCUGCUCUGAGGAGGGAGAGAGAAAAGCUGCGGAUCCGCUUUCAGUCAGCAGCAGCGGCAGCAGCAGCAUGGAGCCCCAACACAACACACACUCCCCGCUUUAAGACACAAACACACACAUCACGCACGGGCAGACAGACAGAGGAGCGGUUGCCGUCCACUGCUGGAUCGCCUGUGUCUCUGGUGUCGUCCCGUCAUGGAGAGCUCCAUCACACUCUGGCAGUUCUUGCUGCAGCUUCUGCUCGACCAAAGCCACAAACAUCUGAUCUGCUGGACGUCCAACGACGGCGAAUUCAAGCUGCUCAAAUCGGAGGAGGUUGCCAAGCUGUGGGGGCUGCGCAAGAACAAGACCAACAUGAACUAUGACAAGCUGAGCAGAGCUCUGCGCUACUACUAUGACAAGAACAUCAUCAAGAAGGUGAUCGGCCAGAAGUUCGUCUACAAGUUUGUGUCGUUCCCUGAGAUUCUGAAGAUGGACCCUGCGGUGGUGGAGUCGGGUCGUAGCAGUGAGGAGAGCGGGGGGGCAACAUCAGAGCCUGACGCUGAAGACGAGGAUAUAAGUGGGAGAAACGAAUACCUCCACUCUGGCCUGUACUCCUCCUUCACCGUCAGCUCCCUGCAGCACUCCUUAGAACCACGCAGGCCCAUCAAGAUGGAGCCCAGAUCCGAUCGCCAUGACGACAGCUCCUCUGUCAUCCGAUUCAUAACCAACCGUGGCCACUCCUCCCUCCCUUCCACCCCACCCCCAUCCUCAACUGACACCUCGCAUUCCUCUAGGCUUUCUCCUCGGCAGGCAUGCUCUUCCUCCUGCUCCUCCUCCCCGCGGCAAAGCCCCACCCACACACACUGGAGGGGGCGGAGCCAGAGCACAGAUACUGAUGAGUUGGAGCAGAUCACUCAACCGCUAAACCUGUCAUCCGGUCAGAGAGAGAGGGAGAGGUCACAGACCACCACCACGCCAGAGAGGAGGGGAUUGGCCAAUAGUGCGCCUUCGAAGGGCAGGAAACCCAAAGGCUUGGAAAUCUCCGCUCCCUCCCUCCUCCUGACAGGAAGUGACUUAGUCUCCAUCGCCCUCAACAGCCCAGCACUGCCUUCAGGGUCCCUGACCCCUGCCUUCCUCACCACACAGACUCCGUCUGGUCUGCUGCUCACUCCCAGCCCUCUACUCUCCAAUAUCCACUUCUGGUCCAGCCUGAGCCCAGUGGGACCUCUCAGCCCCGCCCAACUUCAGACCCAUGCCCCCCUCUUCCAGUUCCCCUCUCUGCUGAACGGACCCAUCCCAGUGCCUUUACCCAGUGUGGACGCUCCAUCUCCCUUGCUCCUGUCCCCCAGCUCCCACAAGUCCUGAUGCCAGCCUGAGCCCCAUUUGAGAGACCUGGGCCAAACCAGACUGAGCUGGUCCAAUUCAGCACCGAUCAGGACCGAGCCAAUCAGCCUUAAUCUCUGAUGAUGAACCACAUCGGAGUCUGAUUAUACUUUGACCCGAAACCUGUUUCUUUACAUUUAUUAUAUGAAGAAACAGGAGCUUCACUCUGAAGCUUUGCUCUCUGAGAAGAGUGUUGGACAUUUCUUUGUAUGUUUACUACAGUUUAAUUGUGUUUGGUGUUUUCCUCUUUUCGGGAUGUCACACUUCUCAUUUCGUUUCGUUUCAUCAUCUCAUUCCACUUUAAAUGUCAGUGAUACGGGCUGGCUGCAGUUUCAUGAAUGUUAUUACUAUUUUUCAACUCCUGCAUCUGACUAAUCUCUGAAUCCACAUCUCUGAUUCAAAUGAUGGGGAUCUGUGGAAAUCCUCAGAAAGGGUUUACAAGUAAUAUACGGGCAGAAACCUAAAAGACUCAAGUUCAGCUUCUUUACAUAUGAUUUCUCACCAUGCUUUGCCAUGAGUUAGCAUUAUCUUCUGAAUGUCUGAAUGACUGAUAUGAUGCUACAGCCACAAGACAGUUAGCUUAUGUUAGCAUAAAUAAACAGCUGAUCUAGCUCUGUGCAAAGAUAACAAAAUCGAAGUUACUAAAACCUCACUAAUGUAAAUAUCACAGUUUGUGAUUUUACAGAGAACUGACUAUUGCUUUGUCAAAUUUAUGGUGAUGCUCAGAAGAAAUAGUUCAGCACAUAACCAUAACCUAAAACCACAACCUAUGACAUUUACCCUUUGGUUUUUGUGAGGAUUAAACAGGUGAUAAAAUGAGGUGCCGGUAAACAGAUUUUAUUACCUUUGGGCAGAGCCAAGCUAGCCGUUUCCCCCCUGUUUCAAGUCUUUAUGCUAAGCUAAGCUAAUCAGCUUCUGGCUGUAGGUUUAUAUUCACUGCACAGAGUGAUAUCAUCUCAACUAACUCUCAGCAAAUAAUAAUUCCCUAAAUUUCCUUUAAAUUUGAUCAUAAAACAGGACCAGGUCUGGAUGAUUAGACGCUACGGGCUUCAUAUGCCAGUACAGAAACUUUGCUAUGACUGAUAGAAAGAAGGGGAUGAUACUGUAUUUUCUCUCUGCGCAUUUCUUUAACUACAGCAAAUCUCCGGUCAACAGUCAACCAAGACUGUGGCUCCUUUAUCAACCUGCCUCAACAAAUUCCACGAGAAAGACGCUGCAGGUCUCAGGAUUGUUGUUCGGGUAUUUUACAUGGAUCUGGAUUUUUUUGAGCUCGACAUGUGGCCAAAUGAGACGAAACCUUCACCGACCCCCAGCAGAGCGCCUGCUAGCUAGCGCGCUAAAAUGCCCUGGAAGUCCUCAUCUUGUCUGAUGUAUUGCUUUGACAAGUGUACAUGACGCUGUGAACUUUUUCUCCUCUUGUAGUUUCAUGCUUUUUUUUUUUUUUUUUAAUGCACUGUACUUUUAUGCCUUGUACCAGCUGUGCCUUUGAUAUUGUAAGAUUUAUGUAAAUGUAUUAAGCUUUAAACAAAGUUGUAAUAGACAUUCCAGGUCAAAAUUGCACAAAAGUUUUUUUUGUAAAAUGACUCCUGGUUAUUUUUAUAAAGAAGUUAAUUGAA